ACCCUGCAAGCUGCUUCAGUCUCUAUCCUACUUGUUCCUCUGGUGAACUAGGUUAACUAAACUUGCAAAAAUAUGCCUAAACUCCUAAAAGAAAUUCUCACUAUCAUGGAUGUUUUCUACAAAUAUGCCACCCAGCAUGGGAAAUACGAUAUGUUGAACAAGGCAGAGCUGAAAGAACUUUUGGAGAAUGAGUUUCAUCAAAUUCUGAAGAAUCCAGAUGAUCCAGACACUGUGAAUGUCAUCAUGCAAAAUUUGGAUCAAGAUCAUAACAAGAAAGUGGAUUUUACUGAGUAUCUUCUGAUGAUAUUCAAGCUGGCUAAGGCUUGUAAUAAUAUCAUUGGCAAAGAUUACUACCAAGCUUCAGGGUCAAAGCAGAAAGAUCACAGUCACCAGCACCAAGAGGAACAAAGUGAAACAGAAGAGGAGGACAACGGACAAGAAUCCUCUUCCAGUCAUUCAAGUUCGAGAACAAAAAAGAAUGAUUCGUAUUCCAAGGGCUCCAAAGGAAACAUUAAAGGCAGGACUCAGUCCAAAUCUAGAAGACUGGGUCCUCAGAAUGUCUUGUCUAGUUCUAGGCACAGGCAAAGCUAUGAAGAAAUAACAGAGUCAAGUUCAGUGCCCAUUAAGGAUAGUGAGAAAAACAAACAUGGUUCUCAUCAGCAAAAAAGGUCAGGUAGUGAAGAAGGUGGUUAUACUUAUUCAAAUAACUGUAGAAAAAUAUCAAACACAGCAAACUGGUCAGAAAGUUGUGGAGAAAAAGGACAUAUAAGUCACUCAGAAGAUCAGUCUUUCAGUUCUGAUCAACAAUGGUAUGAUUCAAACAAAUCCGUGGAAAAUAAACGACAUAAGAAGAAAUUGUACAAGUCCCCUAGAAAGCAGCAUAAUGAAUCCAGCUCAGGAAGUUAUGAAGGACAAGAAUAUUGGUCAAAUUCAAAUGAGACAACUGGCUGUGGUCAAGAUUCUUGCUCAGGUCAUCCUGCUGAACAAAUAUGGUAUGAUACAAAUGUAGAAUCUCAAAUAGGAAACUGUAAAGAACAAGGAUAUACUUCCAGUUCAAGUGAGUCUUCCCGUUAUGAGCAUGGAUCAACAUCAAGUCAAUCAUCAGGCUACGGCCAAUGUGAAUUUAGCUCAGGACAGCAUUCCUGUAAUGGCCAAAAACAAUCUUCCUCUAAUCAAAUGUCUGACUACGACAAACUUGAGUCUAGCUCAAGUCAGUAUUCUAACAAUGAUAAAUAUAGAACUGACUCAGAUUCUUCUUCCAGCUAUGGGCAGAAUGGUUCUGGCUCAGGCCACACUUCUGACUAUGGCCACCAUGAGUCAGAAUUGAGAAAGUCAUUCAGCAGUGGUACACAUGGUCCUGCUUCAAGUCAGUCUUACAUCUAUGGCAAAAAGGGAUCACCCCCGAGUCAGUCUUCCAGCAAGGGCCAGGGUAGGUCUGAUUCAGGUCACUCUUCAAACUGUGGACAGUAUGGGUCUACCUCAAGUCAGUCUUCUAUGUCUAGACAACAGAAGACAGGUUCAGGACAGUCUUGUGGCUACAGGCAAAACGAAAAUGGCUCAGGUAAAUCCUAUAGCCAUAAGCAACAUGGUUCGAUAACAGGACAGACAUCAAGCUGUGGCCAGGUCACACGCUCAGGUCGUUCUUCCAGGUUUACUGAUCAUGAGUCUGGCUCAAGUCAGAUUUCUACCCAUGAGGAACAUGGGUCUCCAUCUAGCCAAUCUCCUAGCCCUGGCAGACAAAGGUCUAGCUCAAGUCAGAAUUCAUCUAGCCGAUCACCAAGCCCUGAUAAACGAAGGUCUAGUUCAAAUCAGAAUUCUAGAAAUGGCAAACAUGGAUGUGGAUUCACAAAGUCUUCCAAAUGCAAAGAACGUAGAUCUGAAGAAGGCCAUUCUUCCCAGUUACAUCACCAGGACUCUGAUUCAGGACAUUCUUCUGGCGACAGUGAGCACAGAGCUGGAUCACGAAAAUACUCCAAUCAUGGGCAAAAUGGUUCCACAUCAGGACAAUCAACACGCUGUGGCCAGCAUGGAUCAAACUCGGGACAUUCUUCCAGCUAUGGUCAGAAUGGAUCUGGCUCAGGUGAGUCUUCUGAGCAUAGUCGACAUGGGUCUGGAUUGGGCCAGACUCCUGGUCGCGGUGGACACAAAACACAUUCGAGUAAGUCUUCCAGCCAUGGCCAAAAGGGAUCUUCCUGGGCUCAGUCUGCCAACCACGGGCAAAAUGACUCUGGCUAUGGACAGUCUUCUGGCUUUGGGAACCAGGAAUAUAGUUCAGGACAGUCAUCUGGCUACAGUAAGCACGGAACAGGCUCAGGACAAUUCUCGAACCAUGGACAACAUGGUUCUACAACAGGACAGUCAUCAAGCUGUAGCCAGGAAGAAUCUAGCUCAAGUCAGUCUUCCACAUACACUGAGCAUGAGUCUGCCACAAUCCAGUCAUCUCGCUACGGUCAGCACAGAUCUGGCACAGGUAAAUCCUCCACUCAUGGGAAACAUGGUUCGACCACAGGACAGUCCUCAAUAUGUAGCCAGUAUGGAUCAAGAUCGGGUCAGUCGUCCAGCUAUGGUCAGCAGAAGUCUGGCUCCGGUCAGUCUUCUGGCCAUAGCCAACACGGGUCUGGAGAGGGACGUUAUCCAAGUCCACACCGAGAAGGACUGGGAUCAAAUAAUUCCUUCAGCAACAGACAACAAGGAUGUUCUUCAAGUCAGUCUUACCGCUGUGGCCAUCAUGGGUCGGGAUCCAGUAAGGCUUCCAGCUUUGGGCAACAAGAGUCUGGCUCAGGACAGGCUUCUGGAUACGGUCAAUCCAGACCUAGAUCAGAUCAAACCGCCACCCACGGGCAACAUGGUUCUCCAUCAGGACAGUCAUCAAGCUGUGGCCAUAAUGGAUCAAGCACGAGUCAGUCAUCCAGCUAUGGUCAGUACAGGUCUGGUUCCGGUCAGUCUUCUGGCGACGAUCACCAUGGGUCAGAAUCUGGCCGGUCUCCCAUCCGCGGCCAACGUGGGUCUUGUUCAGGUCAGACUUCCAGUGAUGGCAAGCAUUGGUCUGGCUCCGGUCAGUCUUCCAGCUACGGACAGCAUGGGGCUGGCUCCGGUCAGUCUUCCACCUUUGGGCAACACGACUCUGGCUCGGGACAGUCUUCUGGCCACAGUCAGCACGGAUGUGGCUCAUGCCAGUCCUCUGGCUAUGGGCAACACGGUUCGACGUCAGGUCAGUCGUCAGGGUGGGGCCAACAGGAAUCAAGCAAGGGUCAGUCUUCCAGCUAUGGUCAGCACGGGUCUGGCUCCGGUCAGUCUUCUGGCCACGGCCGCCAUGGGUCUCGCUCUGGCCGGUCUCCCAGCCGCGGCCGACGUGGGUCUGGUUCCAGUCAGUCUCCCAGCUACGGCCAGCAUGGGGCUGGCUCCGGCCAGUCUUCCAGCUUUGGGCAACAUGAGUCUGGCUCAGGACAGUCUUCUGGCUACGGUCAGCAGGGAUCUGGCUCAGGCCAGUCCUCUGGCUAUGGGCAACACGGUUCGACGUCAGGUCAGUCGUCAGGGUGGGGCCAACAGGAAUCUAGCUCCGGUCAGUCUUCCAGCUGCGGCCAGCACGGGUCUGGCUCCGGUCAGUCUUCUGGCCACGGCCGACACGGGUCUGGCUCUGGCCGGUCUCCCAGCCGCGGCCGACAUGGGUCUGGCUCGGGUCAGUCUUCCAGCUACGGCCAAAAGGGGUCUUCCUCCGGGCAGCCUUCCAGCCACGGCCAACAUGGCUCCGGCUCCGGUCAGUCUUCUAGCUCUGGGCACCACGAGUCUGGCUCAGGACACUCUUCUGGCCACCGUCAGUAUGAGUCUGGCUCCGGUCAGUCCUCCGGCCACGGACACCAGGGGUCCACAUCGGGACACUCGUCAGGGUCGGGCCAGCAUGAAUGUAGCUCAGGUCAGUCUUCCAGCUAUGGCCAGCAUGGGUCUGGCUCCGGUCAGUCUUCUGGCCACGGCCGACACGGGUCUGGAUCGGGCCGGUCUCCUAGCCGUGGCCGACACGGGUCGGGUUCGGGUCAGUCUUCCAGCCAGGGCCAAAAGGGAUCUUCCUCCGGUCAGUCUUCCAGCCACGGCCAACAUGGCUCCGGCUCCGGCUCCGGCUCCGGCUCCGGCUCCGGUCAGUCUUCUAGCCUUGGGCACCACGGGUCUGGCUCAGGACAGUCUUCUGGCUACGGUCAGCACGGAUCUGGCUCCGGUCAAUCCUCUAGCCACGGACAACAUGGUUCCACAUCGGGACAGUCAUCAAGCUGUGGCCAGCACGGGUCUAGCUCAGGUCAGUCUUCCAGUUAUGGUCAGCACGGGUCAGGCUCAAGCCAGUCUUCUGGCCAUGGCCGCCAUGGGUCUGGAUCUGGCCGGUCUCCCAGCCGCGGCCCACACGGCUCGGGCUCAGGUCAGUCUUCCAAAGGCUAUGGCCAACACGGGUCUGGCUCCGGUCAGUCUUCCAGCCUAGGCCAACAUGGGUCCGGCUCAGGUCAGUCUUCCAGCCACGGUCAGCAUGGGUCUGGCUCAAGUCAGUCUUCUGGCCAUGGCCGACAUGGGUCUGGAUCUGGCCGGUCCCCUAGUCGUGGUCGACAUGGGUCUGGCUCCGGGCAGUCUUCCAGCUUUGGGCAACACGAGUCUGGCUCGGGACAGUCUUCUGGCCACGGUCAGCAGGGAUCCGGCUCAGGUCAGUCCUCUGGCUAUGGGCAAUACGGUUCGACGUCAGGUCAGUCGUCAGGGUGGGGCCAACAGGAAUCAAGCACGGGUCAGUCUUCCAGCUAUGGUCAGCACGGAUCUGGCUCCGGUCAGUCUUCUGGCCACGGCCGCCAUGGGUCUGGCUCUGGCCGGUCUCCCAGCCGCGUCCGACGUGGGUCUGGUUCCGGUCAGUCUCCCAGCUACGGCCAGCAUGGGUCUGGCUCCGGUCAGUCUUCCAGCUACGGCCAGCAUGGGGCUGGCUCCGGCCAGUCUUCCAGCUUUGGGCAACAUGAGUCUGGCUCAGGACAGUCUUCUGGCUACGGUCAGCAGGGAUCUGGCUCAGGCCAGUCCUCUGUCUAUGGGCAACACGGUUCGACGUCAGGUCAGUCGUCAGGGUGGGGCCAACAGGAAUCUAGCUCCGGUCAGUCUUCCAGCUGCGGCCAGCACGGGUCUGGCUCCGGUCAGUCUUCUGGCCACGGCCGACACGGGUCUGGCUCUGGCCGGUCUCCCAGCCGCGGCCGACGUGGGUCUGGUUCGGGUCAGUCUUCCAGCCAGGGCCAAAAGGGAUCUUCCUCCGGUCAGUCUUCCAGCCCCGGCCAACAUGGCUCCGGCUCCGGUCAGUCUUCUAGCUCUGGGCACCACGAAUCUGGCUCAGGACAGUCUUUUGGCCACCGUCAGCAUGGGUCUGGCUCCGGUCAGUCCUCCGGCCACGGACACCAGGGGUCCACAUCGGGACACUCGUCAGGGUCGGGCCAGCAUGAAUGUAGCUCAGGUCAGUCUUCCAGCUAUGGCCAGCAUGGGUCUGGCUCCGGUCAGUCUUCCAGCUACGGCCAGCAUGGGGCUGGCUCCGGUCAGUCUUCCAGCUUUGGGCAACAUGAGUCUGGCUCAGGACAGUCUUCUGGCUACGGUCCGCACGGAUCUGGCUCAGGCCAGUCCUCUGGCUAUGGGCAACACGGUUCGACAUCAGGUCAGUUUUCCAGGCGGGGCCAAGAAGAAUCUAGCUGCGGUCAGUCUUCCAGCUGCGCCCAGCACGGUUCUGGUUCUGGUCAAUCUUCUAGCUUUGGGCAACAUGAGUCUGGCUCCCGACUGUCUUCUGGCUACAGUCAGCACGGAUCUGGCUCAUGUCAUUCCUCCAGCCAUGAGCAAGAUGGUUCUACAUCAGGCCAGUCUUCAUGCUGUGGCCAGCAUGGUUCAAGCUCGGUUCAGUCUUCCAGCUAUCGUGAACAUGGUUCUGGCUGUGGUCAGUCUUCUGGCCACAGCCGACACGGGUCUGGAUCGGGCCUGUCUCCCAGCCGCGGCCGAUAUUGGUCUGGCUCCGGUCAGUCUUCUUGUUAUGGCCAAAAGGGAUCUUCCUCCGGUCAGUCUUCCAGCCAUAGUCAACAUGGCUGCUGCUCAGCAGAUCCCGAACGCAUUGCUCCGGGUGGACUGAAAGGCUACGAGAGGGGCAGGCCGACGGACCUGCCACCCCGCCACGCCGCGGCUCCCCCACCUCUGCUCUCAGGAUCCGCCGUGCUCCGGCAGGACGUUCGGGCGGUACCUCCGCGCCGAGGUGCGGCCCUAGACGUGUCCCCCGAGUCGGACAGCCCCGUGCGCGUGGCCGAGGAGAGGGCCUCGGCGUGCAGGACCCCGCUCUGGGCUCCACGGGAUCCAGGGAUUGUCGGAGCUCUCCGCAGCCCCUCCUGGAGGCGCAGCGCCGUGCCGGCACCCCAUGGGAUAAGGCCCAGGGUUCUGCCCAGUGCUGGGGCUAGGCCUGGAAAAUAUUUUCCUCAACCUCCGCACUCAUAG